GAGAAGGCGGAAGUAGGGGUGUCCACCUCUGGGGCUCGGGCUCCGGCCGCCCAGGGGAGGUAGCAGUGGCAGCCUUCAAGUUAGGAGACUGGCUUUCCGGCCACUUCGGCGCGGAGCGCGGCGCCUUCCUCUCCUGGCGCCGUGGUCGAGCGGAGUCGUGCCGCCGGGUGGAGUCGGCGGCCCAGCGAACCCGAACGGAUCUGUGGUUGUUGACUUCAAGAAUGUGGAACUCUGAGAACAGAGGGCCAACUUGGAUUUUUUAUCGUGUGGGAGUUGGCACCCCUUACACCAGAGCAGUUGAUGAUCGCGUUACUAUGAGUCUGCUACACUGUGAAAACAGCUGCGGAUCCAGCCAGUCCGAGAGCGACUGCUGCGCCGCCAUGGCCGCCAGCGCCUGUGGGACCGCAGCAAAAGACGACAGUGUGGGCGGGGCGGCCAGCACGGUGACUCUCUCCAGCUCCUUUAUGGAAGAGAUCCAGGGCUACGACGUGGAAUUUGACCCACCCCUGGAAAGCAAGUACGAGUGCCCCAUUUGCUUGAUGGCUUUGCGGGAAGCAGUGCAGACACCUUGCGGCCACAGGUUCUGCAAAGCCUGCAUCAUCAAAUCAAUAAGGGAUGCAGGUCACAAAUGUCCAGUUGACAAUGAAAUACUUCUGGAAAAUCAACUAUUUCCUGACAAUUUUGCAAAACGAGAGAUUCUUUCUCUGAUGGUGAAAUGUCCAAAUGAAGGUUGUUUGCACAAGAUGGAACUGAGGCAUCUUGAGGAGCAUCAAGCACACUGUGAGUUUGCUCUUAUGAGUUGUCCACAAUGCCAGCGUCCCUUCCAGAAAUGCCACCUUAAUUUUCAUAUUCUCAAGGAGUGUCCAAGGAGACAGGUUCCUUGUGAAAACUGUGCUGUAUUAAUGGCAUUUGAAGAUAAAGAGAUUCAUGAGCAGAACUGUCCUUUGGCAAAUGUCAUCUGUGAAUACUGCAAUACCAUGCUCAUCAGAGAACAGAUGCCCAAUCACUAUGAUCUAGACUGUCCUACAGCCCCAGUUCCGUGCACAUUCAGUGCUUUUGGUUGCCAUGAAAAGAUGCAGAGGAAUCACUUGGCACGCCACCUGCAAGAGAACACCCAGUCGCAUAUGAGAAUGAUGGCCCAGGCUGUUCAGACUUUAAGCCUCGCAGUGGCUCCUGCACCUCAGUGCACCAUGCCUCCGUAUGACUCUGUCCCUCCCGCUCGGCCUUCCUCUGGGCGUCACUCAGAAGUCCACAAUUUCCAAGAAACCAUUCAACAGUUAGAGGGUCGCCUUGUAAGACAAGACCAUCAAAUCCGGGAACUGACUGCGAAAAUGGAAACCCAGAGCAUGUAUGUGAGCGAGCUCAAGCGAACUAUUCGAACCCUUGAGGACAAAGUUGCUGAAAUAGAAGCACAGCAGUGCAAUGGGAUUUAUAUCUGGAAGAUUGGCAACUUUGGGAUGCACUUGAAAUCGCAAGAAGAGGAGAAACCCGUUGUCAUUCACAGCCCCGGAUUCUAUACUGGCAAACCCGGCUACAAGCUGUGCAUGCGCCUGCACCUGCAGCUGCCGAGCGCUCAGCGCUGUGCCAACUACAUAUCCCUCUUUGUCCACACGAUGCAAGGGGAGUACGACAGCCACCUGCCUUGGCCCUUCCAGGGAACGAUCCGCCUUACAAUCCUUGAUCAGUCUGAAGCAGCUGUGAGGCAAAACCACGAAGAAAUAAUGGACGCCAAACCAGAGCUCCUGGCCUUUCAGAGACCCACCAUCCCCCGGAACCCCAAGGGUUUUGGCUACGUGACUUUUAUGCAUCUGGAAGCCCUCAGACAAAGAACCUUCAUCAAGGAUGACACGUUAUUAGUACGCUGUGAGGUCUCCACCCGCUUCGACAUGGGCAGUCUUCGGAGGGAGGGUUUUCAGCCACGGAGUACUGACUCAGGGAUAUAGCAUCCCCUGAUUUGUUCAAGAAACAACAAAAGACAUCUGGAGCAAACUUAGCCUGUUUUCAAUAAUAAUGUACAAACAAAAAAAAAAACAAUGGGAAAGAUAUAAUACAAGUGAAUUUUAUUUGACUUCCUAUAGAUUUCAGGGGAUUUGAGCCAAAAUCCUUGAAAGCUUAAGUUCUCAUUCACCCUGGUUUUUCCUCCAGGGUGUUAUUAAGGAUAUUCAGAGACUACUUUAAACCCUAAAUAUAACCUUACUUAUUAAAUGGGACUGUUGUCUAUCAAAUAA